AUGAGUCUGGCAACGGCUUUGAAAUGUUGGAUAGUUUUGGUGGCAUUUUUAUGUAUUCAAGGAUAUGUUGGUGCUGAAAUGAAGUAUUCCCGCCAUGAAUUGCCACCAUUGUAUUCCUUCGACAACUACGAUCUGUGUAUGGAUAAUGAUAAUGCUCAUCACCACUCCUCCUCCUCUACCUAUUGUAUGAUUUAUGCUGAGAUUCAACCUGACAACUCUUCCGAUUUAUGGCAUAAAAUUGCCAAUCACAAAGAGAAUAUAUUUCAUUAUCAUCAUGAUCGUCUCUACUUUGGAGUGUGUUUGGAAAAAUGCAGAGGUUUUUUGGAGUCCUGGGAGGAUAGUAAUAACAACUACACCCUCGAUACGGAAUUAAAUAAGGAGAUAACCCAAUUUAUUGAGGAUGUUCACAAACGGCCAUUGGAUCUGGAAAUGCGCAGCAAAUAUGGCGCGGCAAUACAAAGUUGUUUAAAUGCGGAAUUUGAAGGGAAAUAUGGCCUGCAUUUAAAUACUUUUGUGGAAUAUUGUGAGAGGCCAGCAGAAAAUAAUUCUUCGGAGUAUGACCCUGCUGAAAUAAUUUUAUAUAAAUUCCUAAAAAUUGUUCUGCUAUUGGUGAUCAUGUCCAGCAUUGAUGAUUAUGUUCUAAGGGCUAGUCAAACGGAAGAAAAUCAAACCAAUGAAUUUUAUAAGAAUAAUCUUGAUCAACCAUUAUCCCGCCUAUUGACCUCCUUUUCAAUAUGCCGUAACUACUAUCGUCUCAUUCAACCAUAUCGUGGUGAAAUUGGCAAUGAUUUCUCUUACUUGGACGGAUUUCGUUCGGUUUGCACUCUGAUGGUACUGCAUGGUCACACCUUCUAUUUGCAAUUCCAACAUAUUCGAAAUCCCGAAUAUUUUGAGAGUUUUGGUGAAACAACGCGGGGUCUAAUGAUAUUGAACUCCUCAACAAUUAUUGAAAUAUUUAUGGUAAUGAGUGGUUUACUGCUCUAUGUGAAAUUCACAGAAGGGGGAUAUAUUACCCCGCGUACCAGUUGGAAGAAAUAUUCCUUCCCUCUGUGGCCCUGGUGGUUUGGAUAA